AUGGCUUUCGCCGCAUGCUCGUGGCCCAUAUGGCGGACCGACGAUUUUACACAAUGCUUCAAGCAGGACUAUCUUAGUGUCUUGCUGCCCUUAAUCGUAAUAGGAAUCUCGUUUCUCCAGCUCGCUCUGCACAACACUUUCCGCGCCGUCAGGUUAAAACGAAGCCGAGGAUACGAACCUCUCACCAAUGGCGUCACUCCGAUUUCGCCUCCGAACCACACAGACCUCCCGGUCGAUGAAGAGCCAACACUCGAAAGCGACGACGAUGAGGGUCUGGUCAUCAAUGGCGGCCGGCUUGCGCUGGUCAAAACCACAACCAAGGGAUCCAUCGUGCAAGCUGAUACACCACCCGGGCAGACUCUCUCUGUGGUCGUGGAGGAGCUUGCUAUUGCAGGCCUGGUCGCUGUCAGUGUGGUCGGAUUGUUGUACGACGUCGAGGUCAAGAACGGCCUGGCUGGUAUUGCUGGCCUGACCGUCUGGGUCUAUGUCCUGCUCCUUGCAACUCUCCGACUUUUCCUGGGAAAUACCCAAUGGCGGGUCCCGAGGUUGUGGAAUCACACGGCCGCCAUCUACAGCUGCCAGUGGCUCUUCGCCCUGGUUCUCUUCCGAUCAGUCUUGAUUCACACGGUCUCUCAGAUGACGCAGGUUCUGGUGAUGACCGAGUUUGCCUUGACCUCUGUUCUUUUUGGCAUGGCUAUCAGCACCCGGAAGGGCAACAAAACGGUGCUUCUGGAGUGGGAAGAUGGCAUUCCGCCCGGUCGUGAAAACCUGGCUUCGCUGUUCUCGCACUACACCUUCUCCUGGGUCGACUCGAUCGUGUGGGAUGGCUGGAAAGAACCACUAGAGCUCAAACGAGUCUGGAAUCUGCUUCCUAGGGACAAGGCCGCUGCCAUUCUCGCAGCUUAUCGCCAAGCCAAGAAGACCACCUCGCUGGCCUUCCAUUUGGUCAAGUUCUUCAAGGGGAUGCUUUUUGCCCAGGCUGCCUGGGCCAUCGUGUCUGGUGUCUUCACGUUUGCGCCCACUCUCCUUCUCAAGGCCAUUUUGGAAUACGUCGAGAAUCCAACCGAAGCACCCAGGAACGUCCUGUGGCUCUAUGUUAUUUUACUUCCUGUCACGGACAUCAUCCGGUCUGUUGGAGAUGCGCAGGCCUUGUGGAUUGGCCGCAAGAUUUGCAUCAACAUUCGAGCUAUCCUGGUCGGCGAGAUUUAUGCCAAGGCAUUGCGGAGAAAGGCAGCUGCGGGCAAAGACUCCGCGCUUGGGGCUGACAAGAAGGACGAGACCCCAAAGAAGGACGGCAUCAUCUCCAAGGCCAAGAGGCUGUUGGGGCUCGGGAAGAAGGACAGCCAGGCUACCGCAAACGAGGAGGCUGAUGCUUCCAAGAAGGACGCCAAGGCUGCCGACGCUGACGAGCAGGCCAACAACGGCACCAUCAUCAACUUGAUGUCGGUUGACAGUUUCAAGGUGUCUGAGGUCACGGCCUACUUACACUUCCUGGUCGCGUCUGCUCCUACUCAGCUGAUCGUGUCCAUUCUUCUUCUCUACCAGGUCAUGGGUCUAAGUGCCAUCCCCGGCUUCAUUGUCAUGGCUCUACUUCUCCCAAUCAACAUUGCCUUCGGCAAGGGCUUCAACAAGACCCAGAAGAAGAUCAUGAGCGCCACCGACAAGCGUAUCCAUACGACCAACGAGGUCCUGCAAAAUAUCCGCAUCAUCAAGUACUUUGCCUGGGAGCAUCGUUUCGCCAAGAUCGUUGACGAGAAGAGGAAAGCUGAGCUACAGGCUUUGCGCAAGAGGUUCAUGCUUUGGGCUGCUGCGGUGGCCGUCUGGAACACCGUCCCCAUCUUGAUCACUUUCUUCUCGUUCUUUGUCUACACCGUCAUCGAGAAGAAGCCUCUGUAUCCCUCCGUCGCCUUUACCGCCAUCUCUCUGUUCAUGCUUCUCCGGUACCCCCUCGAUCAGCUUGGUGACAUGAUCGCCCACGUUCAGGAGUCAAAGGUCUCUAUUGAUCGUAUUGAGGAGUUUCUCUCCGAGGAGGAGACUGAGAAGUUUGAGCAGCUGGGUGAAGACAACAUUGACGAGAACGGAGAGAGAGCCAUCGGCUUUAGAAACGCCACUUUCAUCUGGGGUAGCAAGUCCACUGUGCAAGACGAUGGAUCUAUGGCGUUCCGCCUGCUCGACCUCGAUGUUGACUUUAAGAUUGGCAAGCUCAAUGUCAUCACCGGGCCUACGGGCUGUGGCAAGACUUCGCUGUUGAUGGCCUUGCUUGGCGAGAUGACCAUCAUGAAUGGCCGUGUUCUUCUUCCCGGUGGUCGCAGCCGUGAAGACGUUCGUCCGGAUCCCGAAACCGGUCUUGCUGAGACAUGCGCCUACGUCGCCCAGCAGGCUUGGCUUGUGAACGCUAGCAUCAAGGAGAACAUUCUCUUCUCUGCCCCAUUCGAUGAGGAGAGAUAUCGCGACGUUAUUGUGGCCUGUGCCUUGGAACACGACCUGGAGAUCCUCGACAACGGUGAUGAGACUUUGGUGGGCGAGAAGGGCAUCACCCUUUCGGGCGGUCAGAAACAGCGUAUCUCGCUUGCCCGUGCCGUCUACUCGAACUCGAAGCACCUGCUUUUGGAUGACUGCCUGAGCGCUGUUGAUUCUCAUACUGCCCAGUGGAUCUUUACCAACUGCAUCAUGGGACCUCUGAUGGCACAUCGCACCUGCAUUCUCGUCUCACACAACAUCCCUCUCUGCGUCCCGCCUGCCGACUUUGUCUUGACCAUGAGCAACGGCCGUGUCACAGGCCAGGGUACCCCCAAGGAGCUGAUCGAAGCGGGCAAGCUCGGAGAAGAUGCUAUUCCCAAGUCUACCGCAGGAUCUGCCCACGUGUCUCGUGUUCCCUCUCGUGUCCCAUCCAGUGUUGGAGAGGAGAGUGGCGAUACCCUGCUUAACGAAGCUGACAGAAGCUCACAAAAGAGCAAGCCAAAGUCGCCCAAGAAGGAGCCCAAGAAGCAGGAUGCCCUGGAAGAGACCAAGGCUGUUGGUGCGGUCAAGUGGCCUGUGAUGAAACUGUACCUUGGUUCCAUGGGUGGCUUGGGUUUCUGGCUCUUGGCUGGCCUUGUCUUCUCGGCGCAACAACUUUCCGGUGUUGCUUCCAACCUGUGGAUCAAGGAAUGGGCUAACCAGUACACCCUCAACGAGACCGCUUCCGCCCGGUUCAGCAUGAGCUCUUACAGCUACUCAGCCCAGACCUUGUCGCCGACGUAUUUUGCUUCGAUUGCUAACUACGCCAAGGGCGAUAGCACGACGUUCUCGGCUGCCGACAAUAAGGAUGUUGAUGUCAUCUACUACUUAACUGUACUGGCACUGAUUGGAGGUGCUGGUGCUUGUGCGGCGCUUGUGAGGGAUCUUUGGAUCUUCUUUGGCUCUCUGACUGCCUCCUGGAAGCUUCAUGAUCGUUUGAUGAAGGCGGUGACCGGAGCAAGGUUCAAGUUCUUUGAUGUUACCCCUCUGGGUCAGAUCAUGAACCGAUUCAGCAAGGAUCUGGAAGCUGUGGAUCAGGAAGUGGCUCCUAUCGCUAUUGGCGUCAUGGCUUGUCUUCUCGGUAUUACUGUCACUGUGGUUUUGAUUGCCUACAUCACCCCAGCGUUCUUGAUUCCGGGAGUGUUCAUCACGGCUGCCUACGUUUUCCUCGGCCAGUUCUACCUCCACUCAUCGCGGGACCUGAAGCGUUUGGAAUCCGUCGAAAGAAGCCCGCUGUUCCAGCAGUUUGGAGAGACACUGAGCGGUGUCACAACCAUUCGGGCCUACGGUGACGAGCGCCGCUUCAUCAGAGACAACCUUGCCAGAAUCAACAAGCAGUUGCGUCCAUUCAUCUAUCUUUGGGCCGCUAACAGAUGGCUCGCCUUCAGAACUGAUCUGCUGGGCGACUUUGUUGCAUUCUUCGCCGGUGUAUUUGUUAUCAUCAGCCUUGGCCAGGUCGAUCCAGGGUCUGCUGGUAUCUCGCUGAGCUAUGCUAUUGGUUUUGCUGACAAUAUCCUUUGGCUGGUGCGUCUUUAUGCUAUGAACGAGCAAAACAUGAACUCAGUCGAGCGUAUCAAGGAGUACCUGGAUGUGGAGCAGGAAGCCGAGGCCAUCGUGGAGAAGAACCGCCCAGACAAGAACUGGCCCGCUCAGGGGUCCGUCGAGUUCAUCAACUAUUCCACUCGGUACCGCAAGGAGCUGGAUCCCGUUCUGCGCAACCUCACGUUCAAGAUCGAAGCGCGUGAGAAGAUUGGCAUUGUCGGAAGAACCGGAGCUGGCAAGAGUUCACUCACACUGGCCAUCUUCCGCGCCUUGGAAGCCGAUGAGGGUAAAAUCUUGAUUGACGGUGUGGACAUUGGUCAGGUUGGUUUGCGCGAUCUGCGUGAGGGUAUCACCAUUGUGCCCCAGGAGCCCACACUCUUUAUGGGAACCAUUCGAACCAACCUGGAUCCGUUUGACUCGUACACUGAUACCGAGAUCUUUGCUGCCCUCCGCCGUGUACAGCUCAUCGGCCCUGACGAGAUGGCUCUUGGUUCUGCACCUAUCCCUCCCGCCACGACCGCCGUCGAGUCUAUCGCUGCUUCUGAGGAGCCAUCACGGCCGCCCACGGCCACGAACAAGAACAUCUUCCUGGAUCUCUCCUCUCCUGUCACCGAGUCGGGCAACAAUCUUUCUCAGGGCCAGCGUCAGCUUCUCUGCCUGGCACGGGCGCUGCUCAAGAACCCCAGCGUGUUGGUCAUGGACGAGGCCACUGCCUCGAUCGACUAUGCCACUGACGCCGCCAUCCAAGGCACGAUUCGUGAGCUUACCAGCACCAUCAUUACGAUUGCCCAUCGCCUGCAAACAAUCGUUGAUUAUGACAAGGUCUUGGUUCUUGACAAGGGUCAGAUCGUCGAAUACGACCAUCCAUACAAGCUCCUGAAGAAGGCCAACGGUACCUUUAGGAGCAUGUGUGAGAUGAGCGGUGAUUUCACCUCGCUGCAGGCUGCUGCCAAGAAGGCAUUCAAGACCACCCAGCUGGUAGAUGUCGAUGAUGACGAGGAGGAGGUUGUGGCAUCAUCGUCAGGAUCCCAGGCCGGAAGCGGAACCACUGCUACGGCCAACUCAGAGCAACCGGGUGGGUCAACUGCCUAG